AAGGACCUGCAAUUAUUUGUCCCACUUCCAUGACCGUUUUCUCAUUCUUCCUACAUAGCCUUUUCCUUUUAAUAUCAUCAUAUAAUGUUUCUGAAAUCAACCAUGUCCCUCUUUUCAUUUUCAGUUACAUUUGCAUUCACCUUAACAUUCCUCUUAAUGUUAAACUCAACAACACCCCAAACACAAUCACCAAAACCAUGCAAUGAUCCAUACAAACAACUAAACCUUAUCCUUAAUCCAAAUGGCACAAUCACACGCCUAAACAAACCUCCAGACACCCCUCCCUCACUAGAUCCCACACUCCCCGUUCUCUCCAAAGAUCUCAUCAUCAACCAAUCAAAAGGCACCUGGGCUAGGAUCUACCUACCCCACAAAGUAUUGGAUCAUACCUCCAACAAACUUCCCCUUGUGGUUUUUUUCCAUGGUGGUGGAUUCAUUUUACUAAGUGCAGCAUCAACCAUGUUUCAUAAUUUUUGCCUCAACAUGGCAAAAGAUGUCGAAGUGGUUGUUGCGUCUAUAGAGUAUCGUCUUGCACCGGAACAUAGACUUCCAGCUGCAUAUGAUGAUGCAGUGGAAGCUCUGCACUGGAUCAAAGCUAAUCUGUCAGAUGACUGGUUGAGAAACCAUGUUGAUUAUUCUAAUGUUUUUCUCAUGGGUAGUAGUGCAGGUGGAAAUAUCGCAUACAACACGGGUCUACGUGUAGCCAAAGCAGAAGAUGAAAUAUCCAAGAUGAUCAAAGGGCUUAUAUUGAUUCAACCUUUUUUUAGUGGAAUUCAUAGGACACAUUCAGAGGUUAGGCUUGCUAAUGAGUCUCAUUUGUUAUUGUGUAACAAUGAUAUGUUGUGGGAGUUAUCAUUACCCGUUGGAGUUAACCGUGAUUAUGAGUAUUGUAAUCCAACGGUGGGAGAUAGUGUUUUGGGAUUGGAAAAUAUUAGAAGACUUGGGUGGUGUGUGUUGGUGACUGAUUGUGAUGGUGAUCCAGUUGUGGAUCGUUCUAUUGGGUUAGUGAGAUUGAUGGAGGAAAAGAGAGUGAAAGUUGUGGGACAUUUUACAAAAGGAGAUUAUCAUGGUGUUCAAGAUAACGAGCCUUUGAAAGCUAAGGAACUCUUUGUGGUAAUUAAAAAGUUUGUAUCUUCUUUGCCUAAUCAUACUAUGUAAUGAUGCACACUACAUUAAUUUCAUGUACUACUACAAGUUUCUUUAUUACUUUGUAGGUAACUUCCGUAUA